CUUUUUUUUUUUUUUUAUUUCCUGAUGACUAUUUUACCUAUUACACCUGCUCCUGAACAAAUUGAUGCAGCAGCUUUAGCUUUUCUAUGUCUUGUGGAUAAAGUCUCGGUUUCUAGUCUUUAUGAAGGUCAAUUAUCACAUUUAGGUGAAGGAAACGUGGUUGCUUCUAUCACUUCUGACCCAGAAGCAGAACAACAACUGUUAUUACUCCAAUUUAAAGAUGUGAAAGACAAUGAAAAGGCAAGCAUCGUACUGGUUUCUCGAUCCAAAGCUUGGUUAGAAGGUGAACGUACCUUGGUUUUUCCUAAAGCACAAGGAGGCUUAUGGAAACUAGACUGCAGAUGUCCUUACUUAUUUUAUUAAAUAUGAAAACCGUCAUCAAAUGAAGAACACAUUGGCCAUGGUCAAUCCUGUUUCGUGUGAAGUUACACAAGUCGUUGCAAGUCAUGUUGAGUUAGAUCGGUCUGAAUCAGAAAGUAUCUUGGAUGAAGAAGACUUUAUCACAUCUGAAGAAAAUAAGCAAGGACAGAAGCUACCAGUGUAUGUCGAUAGCAAGCUACCUAAGGAUGACAUUGAUCCUCAUAAAGUAAGAAAAGUAAAAUUACUUUAUCACUCUGGUAAUGCUAUGGUAACUGGUUCUGACUGGAUUGCGCAUGCACUUGUUCUCGCUGGUCAAGCACUAGCAAGAGGAAUCACAAGUGGUGGUCAAAUGCUUCAAGAUAAAAUUGAGCCUAACCCUACACCUAUUCGUCUCAGUCAGGGAGAAAAGAAAGCAUUGGAAGUAUUCUACAAAACAACACAUACAGCAACUCAGGUAGCAGCAGGACUAGUAGACAUGGCUGUCAAUUCAGCUCUAUCAGGACUCAAUGCAAUGGUAUACAAAGACCAACAAUUACAAGAACAACAACCUGUUCAAAAUGCAUCUCGACAUUUUGGCAUCUCUGCAUUACAAGCAGCUGUCAAAGUAGUAGGAGGUGCUGCUUCGGCUGCCUCUAUGGUUCUUGUGUCUUCACGUGAUAGCAUUGUUCAGAUGAUUCACAAAAAAUAUGGAACAGAUGCUGGGUUUGUGGCUGAAAAGACGAUUGAGGUAUUUCAAGAAGAGUUAUUCUUGAUGGUGCAAGUAGAAUAUCGUCCUCUGCUAGUUUAAAACAGCCUGAGAAAGAAGUUGUUUUUGAAAACGAAUGGUUAGAA